GUUUUGCUUUCAGAACAUUUUCUUUAAGUUGGCAAUAGAUGUAAAUUGGUAGAUUUCUAGUAGUUUUCAACAUUCAGCAGUUGGUGGACCUUUACCUUCGUAAGUGGUUGCACUGAUGUCAACAAAUCGUUAAUUAAAAAUAAAUUUGAAUUCAAUGGCAGAAUUUAAGCUAAUCCAUUUGGUUAAGGAAUUAUUAAACGUAACGGGAGUAAACGAUGAUGCACAUAGCUUUGUGGAGUUGGUGCAAAGGAUGCCCCUUAGGACAGAAAGCAAUACUUACGGAUGUUCUUCUACUAUAUUUCAAAAUGCUGUCCAAAAUUUAGCUCAGGUUGUUCCGAACUCGCAGCUCUUUCUUGAAAAACUUGAAUACCUCAAAGAACGGAAUGUCGAUUCUCUAGGCGAAUAUGUCCAGCUACUCAACUACAUUUCGCAGGAUUCGCGUGUGAAAGAUUUGUUACAAAUGAAGAAAGCUAGAAGUCAGUUCGAAAGUCUGACUACAGAGACGAUGUCUACUAAAGGUGCCAUUGAACAGGUCAAAACACGUGUUAAACGUGCCAGUAAGCUUUUCAAAGGACGUGACCUGGAUAAAAGUUGGUCAGAACGCAAUCUUCAACUAUCAAAAACCUCAUCGAUAACAUCGUGGGUUCAGAGAAGACCGAGUAUGUCUUGGGAUUUCUCUUCUAUCACGUUAACAACCAGUCGAAUGCAGUUGGAAAACAUCCCCGAUAUCUCCCAGGAGAACAUCCUCAUCGAAGACUUGCUAAAUAUUUUAAUUGGCCUACCCGGCUGUUACAUAGAUCCGCUUAAACUACAAGACCAAUAUGCCACCCGCGAGUUUAGCCUAUGUGAUGCCAUUGAUCCAAGCCUAAAAGAUUUACUAAAACAAAUACUUCCACUCGCUUCACAUUAUUCAACCGUGCAACGAUUUACAGAGGAGAAGAUGCGUUUCGAAUUCGGACAAGUUUGUAAUGCACUUGCAGAGAGUAUGAAUUCGUUAAUUAUCGACUACACGCUAUUUGUAACACAAAUGGAAACCGAAUUUCGCUCGGGAAAUUUAAAUCUCCACAAACUGUGGUUUUAUAUCCAGAAAAAUCUGCACAACAUGAGUUUUAUGAGUAACAUUGCGACUUCGAUCAGUAAAUCAGAUGCGAAAGGGGGAAAGGUGCUAAGUUUGCUGCAUGAUCAUAUUACGGGUUACAUUGGCGAUACUCAAGCGCAACAGUUGUGUUUGCAUCUGAUGCAGGCGGCCUGCGUACCAUACAUGAAUAUGCUAGGAAUGUGGAUUUAUAAGGGUAUUAUUUUAGAUCCCAUUAAUGAAUUUUUGAUUGAAGAUAAUGAAAUGGUUCAGAAAGAAGAAAUGCCUGUUGAUUACUCCGCUGAUUAUUGGGAUAAAAAGUAUACUAUUCGAAGAGAACGGAUUCCCACAUUCUUGGAGCCAGUUUCGGACAUUAUUCUGCGAGCAGGAAAAUAUUUGAAUGUGAUUCGGCAGUGCGGUAAAGCAGUCAACCAUAAAGUUGAAUCAAUAGAAUAUAAAAUUGAACAAAAGCAUUACAUUGACGCAAUUGAUAAAGCGUACAAAUUCGCAAGUAUCAAUCUACUCGACUUAGUGCUAAAGGAGAAAGACUUAUUGGGUCGUUUAAAAUCGGUGAAGCACUACUUUCUGUUAGACCAAGGAGAUUUUAUCGUUACGUUUUUAACGUUAUGCGAAAAGGAAUUGAACAAGGACGUCGCCGAUGUUAUCCAAGGACGUUUAGACUCUCUCUUAGAUUUAGCAUUAAGGCUGUCGAGUUCCAAUAACGAUCCAUAUAAAGACGAUUUGUGUACGGAGUUGUUACCUUAUGAUUUACAACAUCAAAUGGUGAAGAUCAAAACUGUCCUGUCGAUUGAGGAGAGGAAUCUCUUCCUGACCGCGCAAAAGAAGACUAAUUUGACUGUGAUUGAAUCUUUCGCCUUCAGCUACGAAGUAAAGUGGCCUUUGUCGCUGAUUUUAAAUCGUAGAUCACUAGCUUGUUACCAAAUGAUAUUCAGGCACUUGUUUUACUGUAAGCACGUCGAACGAAUGAUUUGCCAAGUUUGGCGAUCGAAUAAAGUGGCCAAGUCCUUUCCGUUUCUAUCCGCCAAGCAAUACAGACUCGCCUUCGCUUUGCGACAGCGAAUGCUGCAUUGCAUUCAAAAUCUGGAAUAUCACAUGAUGGUCGAGGUGAUCGAGCCACAUUGGAGCGCAUUUAUGCAAAAAAUAGCCAAGGUCAGCAACGUCGACGAGGUACUCACGUGCCAUUGCGACUUCUUGGACGCAUGCCUGAAGGACUGCAUGUUAACAAUUACAAGUCUGCUGAACACAAUCACAAAUAUACUCGCAAUUUGUGUGAAAUUCUGUAAAUUUAUGCAGCGCACACAGCAGCACUUUGUGGAGGCCGAACUAGAUAUUCUACCAAGUUCGUUCGUCGAUUCUUUUUGUCAGGGCGAGGGCAGCUUAAACAUCACCGACGGCCAACAGCAAACCGAAAAGGUGGAGAGCUUUCGUGAAAGCAUCGCCUCUCUCGAUCUCGAAUUUUCCGAAGCGCUCAAAGAGCUAUUAGAGCAGAUAAACGGUUUGAAUAAGGAGACUAGCGAUCACGAACGGUUGUAUAACUUGCUGUAUCGAUUGGACUUCAACUCGUAUUAUUCCGGACAAUUCGAGAAGUUAGGUCUCAAGAAUGUAAGAAUGAAUAUAUCUGGUUAGUUAAGAUAAUUAAUAGUCGUAUUUAUUUAUAUCGCUUUAUUUUUGAUAAUAUAGAUUUUUUAUGAUUCAAAGA